AUGCUUUACAUAAUAGGCUUAGGACUAUCCGACGAGACCGAUGUCACCGUCAAAGGUCUCCAAGCAAUUAAAUCCUGCGAAAGGGUUUAUCUAGAGGCUUACACUAGCGUAUUGAUGGUCUCCAAGGAGAAAUUGGAAGAAUUCUACGGUAGAGAAUUGAUCCUUGCCGAUAGAGAAAAGGUAGAAUCCCAAAGCGACGAAAUAUUAUUGAAUGCAGACACUUUGAACGUAGCUUUUUUGGUCGUGGGGGAUCCAUUCGGCGCGACAACACACACCGAUCUGGUAUUACGUGCAAGAGAGUUGAAAGUACCGGUCACAAUAAUCCAUAAUGCAUCAAUAAUGAAUGCCGUUGGUGCCUGCGGAUUACAACUCUAUAAUUUUGGUCAAACCAUCUCCAUACCUUUUUUCACUGAUACUUGGAAACCAGAUAGCUUUUACGAUCGCAUUAAAGAAAAUAAAAAUUUGGGGUUCCACACGCUAUGUUUGUUAGACAUAAAGGUCAAAGAGCAAAGUAUCGAAAAUCUAGCGAGGGGUAAGAAAAUCUAUGAACCUCCGCGUUACAUGACAGUUAACCAAGCCAUUCAACAACUUUUGGAGAUUGAAGAAAACCGUGGGGAACAAGUCCUUGAACCAGAAUCUUUGGCGAUCGGUAUAGCACGUCUUGGAUCUGCGACCGAUCAGCUAAUAAGAGCUGGCACCUUGACCCAAUUGUCGACCCAGGAUUUUGGUCCACCUUUACACUCACUCGUGAUCGUCGGCUCAAAAAUUCAUUCUUUGGAGGUCGAUUACAUGAGAGGUUUUGCUGUUGACGAACAAAGUUUUGAUGAAUUAGCAAGUAAAUAUGACCAUUAG